AUGCGACCCUGGGGACGUCUCAUCAAACCGCCGGCUCACGCUCUUUUCCGCCCGUUUGCGACCUUCGGCAUGGCAUCAACAAUAAAUGCUGCUCCUCCAGCUUCUACAAAAGCCACCUCGGUAGAGAACCAGCACCCGAUACACGCUCAGAAUGGUCGAGACCGUCUCAAACGUCCCCACAACGCCAAUGGCAAUGCUCCUAGGCCCUGGAAAGGCAAGAAGACGAAGCGGGAGAAGAACAUCACAGAGGGUUCGUCAGAGGAGGUUCUUCGACAUGAUAUUAAAGCCCUGUUGGCAUCAAGAGGCAUCAUGCUCGGCUCUGAAGAGACAGACGGCACAUCCCAAGAGGACCAGUCUUUGCCUGACCAAGGCACCGAGACCGAGGUUGAAGUGCUCGAGCUCUCCUCCACCGGCGACGGUCUCGCCAUGCGUUCUGACUCAGCCCAAGUCUACGUUGUCCCCUUCACCGUACCAGGGGACAUUGCCAAAGUCAAAGUCUUCCGCCACAUUCCUCGAGAACAUCAAACUGUCGCAGAUUUCAUCUCCAUCGUCAGACCUUCGUCCUUGCGUGACGACGCCCGCAUCCAGUGCAAGUACUUCUCGUCCUGCGGUGGCUGCCAGUUCCAGAUGCUGGAUUACGUCCAGCAGCUCAAGCUGAAGAAGAGGGUGCUCGAAAAGGCAUACCGCAACUUUUCAAACUUGCCCGCCGAGCUCGUCCCCGCCAUUCAGGAUACCAUUGGGAGUCCCUUGCAGUACGGCUACCGCACCAAGCUGACGCCGCACUUUGACGGGCCUCCGGGUUUCAGACCAAGCAAGAGGAAGGCUGCCAAGGCGUCCUUUGAAUCCUGUCCCGACAUAGGCUUCAUGCAAAAGGGCAAGCGCAAGGUCCUGGAUGUUGAAGACUGCCCCAUAGGCACCUCCGCAGUACGCCUAGGAAUGGCCCGCGAACGAGAGCGCAUGCGGAGCGAGUUCCAAAACUACCACCGCGGCGCGACCAUCUUGCUGCGCGAGAACACUCGUCGAUACCCCAAGCACUCUCAGGGCGGAGAUCAGCCCCCAGACGACGACGCACUACCUCCCUAUGCCGCCCGCGCCGAGGGCGACGACUUCAUCGACAUCAAAACCUGCGAGACCGACUCCAAGGCCACUACAACCGAGUACAUCGGCAACCACAUAUUCACAAAUCCCGCCGGGUCAUUCUUUCAGAACAACAACUCCAUCCUCCCCAAAUUCACCGCCUAUGUCCGCGAGCGUAUCCUCCCUCCGCCAUCCGACAGCCCCAUCAGGUACCUCAUCGACGCCUACUCUGGCUCCGGCCUCUUCACCAUCACCCUCUCCUCCGUGUUCCAACACUCGACAGGUAUCGACAUCGCGGCCGAUUCCAUUGCCUCGGCCCGCAGGAAUGCCUCCCUCAACGGCCUCGGCGAAGAUCGGUGCAAGUUCAUCGCUGCUGACGCCGGUGAGCUUUUCAAGAGCGUCACGUAUCCCGCUGACGAGACGGUCGUGGUGCUGGAUCCACCACGCAAGGGCUGCGACGCCGAUUUCCUGGCACAACUGCGAAGGUUCGCGCCAAAGAGAAUCCUCUAUGUCAGCUGCAAUGUCCAUACGCAGGCACGAGAUGUGGGUGUUUUGGUCAGAGCCGAAGGCGAAGGCGCCAAGUACGACAUCGAGAGCCUGGUUGGGUUUGAUUUCUUCCCCCAGACGGGUCAUGUGGAGGGCGUCGCCAUUUUGAAUAGAUGUCACCAGCCGGCUACGGAACCUGGCGGCGCAGACAAGAGCCUGUAA